AUGCUACAGCUGCCUGACCUGCGAAUUUCUGACAACACGCAGCUCGCUCUCGGUACUACGGCUUGUCUUGGAGUGGUGGUAGGAUUGAUUGCUCGGGCUUACCUUCCCAAAUCAGAGAGUGGUCUUCCUCUUCCACCCUCCCCUCCCACUUGGAGACUUCUGGGUCACUUCAUACCCCCUCGCAAAACAUUUCUCACUGUAGCGGAAUGGAUUGACGAGCACGGUCCCCUAGUUACCAUUCGAUUUGGAACUGAGAAAAUCGUGAUUAUCGGCCGUCACAGUGCCGUGGUGGAUAUUAUGGAGAAGCAGGGCGGCUCGCUAGCUGACCGUCCUCGCCUCGUUGCUGCUGGAGAAAUCCUUAGUGGCGGACUGUCCAUUAUCUUUACACCUGCUGGGAGCAUGUGGCGUCGGAUGCGUAGAGCGCUUCAUACGCAUCUCCAGCCUAAAGCAGCUGAGGAAUAUCAGCCCCUGCAGAUGUCACACGCAAAGAACAUGGUCCUCGACAUUCUCGAAGAUCCAGCCAACUUCUACAACCAUGCGGCAACUUUUGCUGCGGCGACGGUGAUGAAAGUUGCGUAUGGGAAGACUACGCCUGCAUCUGCUACUGAUCCUGAAGUAAGACAAGCCCAAGAGCACUUUCAAAUACUUCGUACAACCCUACGCCCUGGUGCUUAUUUGGCUGACUUUAUCCCGUGGCUCAAAUACCUUCCUUGGUAUGCCCAAGACUUAAAACGGAGGUUUGAGAAGGACAAGCAGAUCCAUACUGAUCAGCUGAACCGCGUAAAACGGCAAAUUCAAAGCAAUGCGGAUGUUGGCCCUUCGUUCAUGAGAUAUAUGCUAGAAAACACCGAACUCCAUGGUUUGACAGAGACGGAGAUGGCUUUUCUUGCUGGCGGCUUCUUUGCUGCAGGAUUUGAUACGACUACUAUGGCAAUAUGCACUGUGCUGAUGGCAGCCGCAUGUUUCCCCGAUGAGCAAGCUAAAGUUCAGGCCGAGAUUGAUGCGGUCGUCGGAGGGCACCGAGUACCGACCUUCGCUGACGAAGAGUCCCUCCCUAAUCUGCAUGCCUUCAUCUCUGAGGCUUUGAGAUGGAGACCGCUGGUUCCUAGUGGAUUGGCUCACCGAACAACUAAGGAGGUGGUUUGGGCAAAGAAGAAUCAUCUGGCCCAUCAGAGGAACUAUUGUAUUCCAGCUGGGACUACGGUAGUUGGUCAUCAUUGGUCCAUCUCUCGAGACCCAGACGUCUUCCCGGAACCUCAUGCGUUCAAGCCCCAGCGCUGGAUUGAUGACCAAGGACGCCUUAGGGACGAUCUUAAAUUCUUUGUCUUCGGGUUUGGUCGUCGCAUAUGCCCCGGUCAACACGUCGCGACCAGAUCGGUGUUCAUAACCUCACUUCUUAAUCUUUGGGCUUUCCAUCUGACUCUGGAUCCUACGAAGCCGCUGGAUGACAUGGGAUUCAUGAGGGGUAAUGUCGAGUCGUGCACUGUUGAAUUUAAGACGAGGGUUCCGGAGACCGAGCUGAGGCGCAUAAUGCAGAAUUACUAG